AUGCUUUUGGCUCUUUUGGCUAAAUUCAAUACGAUGCCAACCCUAAAGAUGCGCCUAACUCUGCCCUCCCGCCGGUCGUUGGCCAACCUGUGUGUUUUCGGAGCCAUGGCCUCCAUCUCGGGCCUGGCCUAUCUCCACUGGAAGCUCGAGGAUCGGGUGCGGCAGGCGGACUACUACCAGCUGGCCAUCAAAACCCUGCGCCAGCACGGCGGGGCCGUCCGCCUGCUGGGGGAGCCCAUCAAGGAGACGGGCUUCAGUUUGACAAACACCCGGAAUACCUGCGACGCGAACAGGGCCCAGCUGGAGGUCGCCGUUCACGGCACCAAGGACAAGGGGACCGUGUUCUUUUGGGCCACAAACAAUCGGGAGAAGGGCUGGCUGAUCGAUCGCCUGGAGCUGGAAACGAAACAGCAUCCCAAUACGCGCUUUCUGCUCAAGAAGCCCACGGGCCGGGCUCUGCAGGACGUGGGCAACGAGGAGGACGACGAAGAGCACGAACACGAACAGGAGCACAUCGUGGUACCGGAGCCCAAGCCCCUGGGACCACAGAUGCCCCAACAUCCGGAGCAGCCGUCGCAGCAGGAGCCGCAUGCCUUUGACCAGCCAGGGUAUCAGGAGGGACCUGUCCAAGGAGGUCCGAAUCAACCCAAGACCCUCCAUCAGCAUCAGGGCCAAGAGCCGGUCCCAUACAUUCAGACAGCCGAUGGCGGAAGGAUGAACUAGAAGUCCCUUCAAAAACGUCGACAGAUUUAAUUAAAUUUUCAUAAAUUUCAACAACUUUCCCUUUGAUCUGAGCAAUAUUAUGACUAACUAUCUUUAAGAUUGAAUUAUAGA